CAUCAGUUCCACACACACACAUACACCGCAACAAACGGAGCCAGUAGCUAAGCAAGCUUUGAUGGAGAGCAGGAGCAGCGCGAGAGGAGGAGACCGCGGCCAGCUAGACCACCACCGGCAGGUGCUGCUGCUGAGGCCGGCUGCGGCGUGGAGCUACGCCUCCGCCGCCGGCGUGUCGUGGCCGGCGCAGAGGCCGCCGUCGUCUUCGUACACGUGCGGCUACUGCAAGAGGGAGUUCCGGUCAGCGCAGGCGCUCGGGGGGCACAUGAACGUGCACCGCCGGGAGAGGGCCAGGAUCCGCCACUACUACUGCUCCGCCUACCCCGCGGCUCCAGCUCCAGCCCCUGCUGCUGUCCACAGGGACUGGGUGCCCAACCUCAACUUCUCGCCGCCGCAUUGCCCCGGUGGCGACUCUGGCGGCACAUCCACGGCGACCCCGGCCGUCUACAGCUUCUUCUCCACCGCGGCGGCCGCGGAGGCGGCCAAGGCUACGUUGGUGGUGGACCUGGAGCUGGGGGUCGGAGGAGGGGGAGGAGGUUUGGAUCUUGAGCUUAGGCUUGGCUGCUCUUGAGCCUUGACUCUUCAGGACUGACAUUGUAAUCCAUCGAUCAAUCUAUCUAUCUAUCCAUCUCUGACAUGUCUGCAUGCACGACUACGUACGCGUGCAUGCAUGCUAAUGUGUUGGCUGCCUAGAGAACGAGAAACGCAGUGAUGUAAGAUGUUCUAACUAUGUAGUAUGUCGAUUUGCAGGGGUGUAUUAUUUGUUCAAGCACGUGAACAAUUAAUUGUAACUUGUAUUAGCUUGAUUGGUCGGUUUGCAAUGAAAACUUACAUCCUUGGAGCUUGUU